AUGGCCAAAGGGGCGAAGAAGCAUUCCAAACCCUCCAAAGGCGUCUCGAAAAAAAAUAGCAAAAAUGACCCUCGCAAGCGAAAGGGCAAAACCGCCAACCCCGCCAGCAGCAUCAGCCACAACCUUCGGGCCGAGUUGGAGGCGGUGGUCCGGGCGAUCGAACGCGAGGAGCCGGCCGAGCCCCCGAUCGCGACGGUGAAGAAGGAGAAGCCCGCCGAGAGGCGGCGGCGGGAGAUGGUGGAGAAGGAGGGGAUUGAGGUGAAGUCCGGGAUGACCCUACGCCAGGCCUGCACGAUCGCCGACCGGCGGAAGCGGCAGCAGCAGCCCCCGAAGGGCCCCGACGUCCUCUACGCGCGGGAUGGAGGGGAGCCCGCCAACGGCGAGCACACGGAGGAGGACUACAGCGAUACCGCCAACGAGCGCGCGGCGGAGUACCGCCGCGGGGGGUAUCAUCCGGUCGUGGUGGGGGAUAUCUACCACAAUCGAUACCGCAUAGCAAAAAAACUCGGCUGGGGCUACUUUUCGACCGUUUGGCUCGUCUGGGAUUACCAAGAUGAGCGCUACCAGGCCAUGAAGGUCCAAAAGUCGGCCAAGCAUUACAGCGAGGCGGCGUACGACGAGAUCCGACUUCUGUCCGAAAUUAUGCAGGCGGAUCCCUACAAGACCCGCCAUUGUGCGAGGCUCAACGAUUAUUUUGAACAUGCCGGCCCCAACGGGACGCAUGUUUGUAUGGUGUUUGACGUUUACGGUGAGAACUUAUUGUGUUUGAUGGAGCGCUACGAAUACCGUGGGAUCCCUCUGCCCAUAGUGAAGUGCAUCACACGGCAAAUACUGAUUGCACUAGAACAUAUUAGCAGUAUUAAUAUUAUUCACACGGAUUUGAAGCCCGAAAAUGUUUUGCUUUCAACCCCCAAGCACUCGAUAAUAUCCUUGAUGCGGCACUACCAUCCACUGCCGAUGCAUCAACGCCCACGCCUGACCGAGCGCGACCCCAAAACGAUGACCAAAUCCCAACGACGCCGCUACUAUAAAAAAAUAGCCAAAGAAAAGGAAAUCAAACAAAAUGGCAAAUCAGAAAACGAGACGGCGAAGUCCGAUUCGUCCGAUCCGAGCGAGGCGAACUCGGAGGUUAGCAAGACGGACUCCGAAUGGGAGGUCGAGCGCUUCCAUCAUGUCAUACUAGCCGACUUUGGGAACAGUUGUUGGACCUACAAGCAGUUCACCGACGAGGUCCAGACUCGUCAGUACCGCUGCCCCGAGGUGAUUCUGGGUGAGCCGUAUUCAUCCCCGAUAGAUAUUUGGUCCUGCGCCUGCAUGAUUUUCGAGCUCAUCACCGGCGAAUUUCUCUUUGAUCCCAAAAAGGGCGACGCCUACUCGCGUGAUGAGGACCAUCUCGCGCUGAUGAGCGAGCUCCUCGGGGACUUACCCGAGGGCAUGCGGCUUGGCAAUGGGGAGUAUCGUGGGAACUACUACACCUCGAGGGGGGAGCUGCGGAAUAUAAAGGAACUCCGCUAUUGGGACCUGGAGGGUGUUCUCCACAAGCGCCACCGCUUCACGCGAAAAAAAGCAAAAGAGAUUGCAAACUUUCUUCUUCCCAUGUUGAUUUACACUCCCGAGAGUCGGGCCACCGCCAGCCAGAUGCUGCGCGACCACGAGGGCUUUUUCGAAAUCCAAGAGGACGACUACGAGCCCUUUUGCUUCAACUCGGUGGAGGUGGCGAAGUCGUGUAGUGAGGGGGACCCCCAAAGCAGCACCUCCGCCGAGGCGAGCGAGGCGACGUCCGAGUCGUCCUCCUUCACAGAUGAAAUCGACGGGUGUUUUGUUGAGCGGCGCAAGCCCAACGACUCGGAGCGGGCCGAGGCGUUUCGCUAUUGGGAGGAGCACCCGAUUCUUAACCGGACCUUCCUCGAAGGGCGGGGCUUGACCAUUGCCGACAUUCAGGCCGUGUUGUCGGGGAAGAUUCUUGACAGCCCCGCCGCGCAGGACGCCGCGAAUGAGGUGAUUCGAAUGUUGUCCGAGGAGACCGAGUGCCUUUCGACCGACAUCACGAGCGAUGGGUUUGCAGGGGAGGAAUCGGACGCGAACGACUCCGGGUACUUACCCGAAGAUGAAAACUCAAUAGACGAAAAGAUAACCGAGAAUGGUACUGGGGGAGAGUCAUCGUCCGAGAAAGUAUUAAAAGUCUAA